UAAAAAAAAAUGAAACUACCGAAGCCGUUCAUUAUACCAACGCCGUAUGGAGGGCAAAUAGUUUUUCUGAUGCCAGGAAAUAACUUCUUAUUCAUCCAUCUGAAAGACAAGACUAAAAUAAGACACAAGAAACGUUGGUCUCAGGUUAUGUACAUGUAUUACUUGCUGGCGUACCGAAUAGUACGGGGUAGUCAGGAAACCGUAAACAAAGCGCGAGAAGAUGGAAUAAUUAACGAAUUUACGGGAUGGGAAGAUGGUCAAAAGACUGUUCAGGGCGAGCAUUAUGGGCGAAGCCAUAUUUUCCAAGCAGUUAAUGAAGAGACUAUUAGAAAGGCAAACAACACGUUCGUGUUGGCUUUGGAUGGCGACGUUGACUUCUCACCCGGCGCAGUGAAACUUCUAGUAGAUCGGAUGAAAAAGAGCGAGAAAGUCGGGGCUGCUUGUGGUCGAAUCCAUCCGAUAGGAACUGGCCCAGUGGUGUGGUUUCAAAAGUUUGAAUACGCCAUCGCCCACUGGCUACAAAAGGCAACCGAGCACGUUCUAGGGUGCGUUUUGUGCAGCCCUGGUUGUUUCUCGAUGUUCAGAGGUGCUGCUCUCAUGGACGACAACGUAAUGAAAAAGUACACAAUCUUGCCAACAGAGGCAAGCCAUCACUUAAUGUACGACCAAGGUGAAGAUCGAUGGCUCUGUACACUGCUUCUUCAACAAGGAUACAGAGUGGACUAUGCAGCUGGCUCAGAUGCCUUCACUUACGCUCCAGAGGGUUUUGCAGAGUUUUUCAAUCAGCGCCGAAGAUGGAUGCCUUCUACAGUAUUCAACAUUAUAGACCUCUUGGCCGAUUACCAGAACACUGUUUACGUAAACUCAAACAUCAGCAUGCUGUACAUUUUCUACCAGGCGUCACUGUUGCUGUCAACAAUCAUUGGCCCAGCAACUGUUUUAAUGAUGAUCGCUGGGGCAAACCUUGUGGUUUUCGGUACUAAUUUGAUCGAAUCGUACAUAAUCGCCAUGGUACCGGCUUUAUUCUAUUGUGUAGCUUGCUUCUACGUAAAACCAAAAGUGCAAAUACAAUUGGCUCAAAUACUUACUGGCCUGUAUGCCUUUGUAAUGAUGAUUGUUCUUGUUGCAACAAUUGUGACCGCAGCGAAAGAAUCACCGUUUCACCCAAGCGUGAUAUUUAUUGUCAUGCUUGUGAUUGCGUUUUCGUUCUCAGCUCUUCUGCACCCAAAAGAAUGGACAAAUGUGAUAUAUGGAGCUUUAUAUUUUAUUCUGAUACCAACAGGGUUUUUACUCCUUAUUAUUUAUUCAAUGGCUAAUAUGCACGUCGUAUCGUGGGGAACCAGGGAGGUUUCAAAAAAGAAAAGCAAAGAGGAAAUGGAAGCUGAAAAGAAAGCACUUGAAGAAAAGAAACGAAAAAAAAAGGAACAAGGCUUUUUCGGAAGAUUUAUGCCCGCCUUUCCGACAAAGGAACUGAAAGACCUCAUAAGUAAGAUAACAGAUACCAAGAAGGAGGACUCAGUGUCCAACAACAAAACUGUCACACUUCUUGAAGAACUGAAUGAAUCUAUAAAAACACGUCUUGAAGAACUGAAUAAAUCUAUAAAAACACUGAUUAAAAUACAAAUAAACGGUAAAGACAAUUACCUGCAAACAAAUGAGCAGACGGAUAAUGCUAUGCAACAGGUUGCAAUGCAGACACAGGUGGUGUCCGAGCCACAUGUGACAAAAGGCAUUUUAAAAGAUCCUUCAAAGCCGACGCAACGACUGUCAGUUUCAAAAUCCAAGAAGGAGCCAGAAGUUAUAACAGAGGAUGGCUCAGUUAAACCAAAGAGAAAUGACAUGGUAAAUCCCAAAUGGGCCGAAAUUCCAGAACUUGAGCAUGGCGAUAGGAUGCCGAUGGAGAAGGAAGAAUUGGACUUCUGGACUGCGUUUAUUGAAAAAUACCUUUACCCUUUGGACUUGUCGGCUGAAAAGAAAAAGAACGACCAGAAAGCUCUAUUAGAACUUAGGACAAACAUUUGCGUUGGAAUGGCCAUUGUUAAUCUUCUUUGGAUCGCAAUCAACUUUAUGUUCCAGUACACGAAGCCAGCUACAAUAUCAUUUGAUUCAUUUGCAAGUUCGAGUACUUCAGAAGACGAUAUUGAGGGAGCGCUGGAAUCUGAAUCCAAAAGUAGUACUGGGGGGAUAAAGGGCUUCGAAGUAGAUGUGCUUGGGCUGAUGUUCGUCUUUUUCUACCUACUGAUCUUGCUGAUUCAGUUUGCUGGAAUGAUAAUGCACCGCUGGGAAACCUUCUUACAUCUCGUAUCAGUUACACAACUGAAUAAUCCAUCGAAACGACAAAAUUCAAAGAAACCUAAUGAUAUUACUUCAAAAGAAGUAAGAAAAGAAUUUGAAAGAGUGUUAGACUCUCCAGACUAUCCAGACUAUCCAGAAGACGAAGAAUUAGAGCAAGAGCAAGAACGAGAUGAUCAGGAAGAUGCAAAAAAACAAUUAAAACUUCUACAGAAAACUGGUUAUCGACUUGAAGUGAAAUUGAACAAAAACGGUAUUCGAGCAUCGACUCGUCUGUUACACCAAGAUCCGUCUAAAUCCAGUAAUAAGCCCGUCUUAUUGGCUCAAAGCGCUCUAAUGCUUGCGAGGGCGCCGAGUACACACCAACUGAAAAAACAUGACCAGUGUGAUGGACGUCUUCCAUCGAGCAUGAAAAGAAGAACGCGUUUAAAUACAGGGCCAGGAAGAUCCGCAAUGGUGCCGCAUUGUGACAGCAAAUCACAACGCAGUAAAACGUACCGUGAGCAGCCGAGAGAUUUAAUCCAAGAGCAAGCUGAUACAUUAGAAAACGACGAACUCGAACUUUGCAAACUUAUGUCCAAACAAGGUAAGUUGGGAAGAGAACUAGCGAGACGUCUGCAGCUGAACUCACAGACCGCGCGAGUUAGAGCAGAGAGAGAUAGAAGACCAGAGGGAGACAGAAAACCAGAGGGAGAUAGAAGACCAGAGGGAGGCAAAAGAACAGAGGGAGACAGAAGACCAGAGGGAGAUAGAAGACCAGAGGGAGAUAGAGCAGCAGAGGGAAAUAUAAGUGUACACUUUUCAGACUCAAUCGAAAUGGGCAACUCAAACAACAAUUUCUAUAAUAACCGCCCACGUUCAAUGGACAUGAGCGAACGAUUCUAAAGUACCGACCCUACCUAAGGUACAGACCUGAUAGAAAAUUCCGCCGGAUGAUAAAUGUUAUUUAUUUGUAUUAUUCUUAACUGAUAUUCGCUCAAUCGUUAUUAUGAACGUUAGUACGAUUUGUUUAUAACACCCUAGAUGCUUAAAAAGAGCAUCGGACAUUGAAGUCAAUUUGCUGACAUGGCUGACAAAUUCAAAAUAUAUAAGAACAUUUUGAUGCAUUUAAUGUCUGUUAACACACUUGUUAUUUCGUCAAAUUUUAUUGCCAAUGAAAGAAUUUUUAUAUUAUAAUAUUAUGUUAGUUAGUUUCAAAUCAUUUUUCUCUUAUAUAAAAACAAAAUAAUAAACAACGAUCUUUAACAAUGGGACAUAGCUGAAAAUCAAAUUAGUGUUUCUUUGGGUAAACGUACUGUAUAUCAAACAGUGUUUUACAUGUGAUUUCUAUGUUGUUGUUUUUAUAUAUUUGUGUAUCAUUUUUAUGUAUUUCAAGUUUACCGUGUUUUUUUGUUUUGAGUUAAGUUAUUUUGUAUUUUAUUAUAAUUUAUUGCAUUGAUGAUACACUGUUUUGCUUAAUAUUUUUCGUGUUGGUUGGUCAAACCUCGUUAAUAUUAUGUUUUAUUUUAUUAUCAACAUAUGUAACAUUUAGGUGAAGAGGCAACUUAUAGCAGUUCUCGCUUUAAAUUCCGAUUAUAGUUUUUCUUAUUUCAGUUUUUCAUUCAGUAAGAUAUUUCUUUAUUUUCUAUUAACAUUUUUCAACAAGUUCGUUUGAUGCGAAAUAUAUAACUUGACAAUGGUCUAAACAGCUGUGUAUAAUCAAAGUAGGUGCAUGUGUGAAUAAACUGCAUUGAGGCGAAUGGCGCAAUGCUAGUAUGCACUUAUCAAGGUUUUUAAACAUCCAUAUGGGGACGGCAUUGAAUUAUUUAUGUCAACAAAGUAGUUCGUGUGAUUUGAAUGAAUAUUGACGGUGUACAUUACUAAAAUAAUUUGUGUAUAUACGUUAUUAUAUUACAUUUUAAAUGUACGUUUCUUAGCAUUAUACGGGAAGGUUUCGUCGUCGUGUAGUGUGUAUGUUGUAAAAACAUGUUCUUUCGUUUAAGCAUAAUGCUGAAUACGAUGAAACGUCAUACAAUAUAUAAAAAACAUGUACAAAUCAUGGUCAAAUGAUAAUAUUUUAUUUAAUUUAACAACUUAACGUUAGUAAAACGUAUGUGUGACAUAUCAAUUAUAUAAAAAAAACAGUUGUUUGUGAGUUUCAUUUCAAUUGCCGAAGCAACAUAUUUAUUUGACCAACUUGCCUUAUUGGUAACCUUUUAAAUAGUUAGACGAUCUUUGGAUGAAAUAAGUGCAUGUACAGAAUAUUAUGCAAGACACUUUUUCUCAAACCUGUUAUCAGUUAAUUGGAUGUGUCAAGUCGUAUCCACUGAAAGUUCAACAUCAAAUGCAUAUUUUUUAUUGAUUGAACGUUAAAUAUAAUGUGUAUUGUAUUCAUUUCACUUAAACCAUUAAAUACAAUGUCGCGAAA